GGCAGGGGCGGGACAUCCAUGCUGGGAGGUGCACUCCCGUCCCCAGCCACAGCGGGCAUGGGGUGUCCCGCAGCGCCCUCGCGCCUCCUCCACGUCCCACAACCCCUCCUCUGCCUGCUCUGCCUCCUCCCGCCGCUGCUCAGAGCAGCUGGGACACGCCAGGCCCCCGGAGACCAGCGCCCGUGGACCCUGCCAGAGCAGCACUGCCACGCCGCCACCUCCCUCGCCAACCUCUCAGGUCCCUACUCCUACUGCAACACGACCGUGGACCAGAUCGGGACGUGCUGGCCCCGGAGCGCUGCCGGAGCCCUGGUGGAGAGGCCGUGCCCCGAGUACUUCAACGGCGUCAAGUACAACACCACGCGAAAUGCCUACCGGGAGUGCUCGGGGAACGGGACCUGGGCCUCGCGGAUCGACUACUCGCAGUGUGUGCCCAUCUUGGACGACAAGCAGAGGAAGUACAGCCUGCACUACCACAUCGCCCUCGUGGUCAACUACCUAGGCCACUGCGUGUCCGUGGCAGCCCUCACGGUGGCUUUCCUGCUUUUCCUGGUCCUGCGGAGCAUUCGCUGCCUUCGGAAUGUCAUUCACUGGAACCUCAUCACCACUUUCAUCCUGCGGAACGUCACCUGGUUCCUCCUGCAGCUCAUCGACCACGAAGUGCACGAGAGCAAUGAGGUCUGGUGCCGGUGCAUCACCGUUGUCUUCAACUACUUCGUGGUGACAAACUUCUUCUGGAUGUUCGUGGAGGGCUGCUACCUGCACACGGCCAUCGUCAUGGCCUACUCCACCGAGCGCCUGCGGAAGUGGCUCUUCCUUGUCAUCGGAUGGUGCAUCCCCUGCCCCAUCACCAUCGCCUGGGCCCUCGGCAAGCUCUACUAUGAGAAUGAGCAGUGCUGGUUUGGGAAGGAGCCCGGCGACCUCGUGGACUACAUUUACCAGGGCCCCAUCAUCCUCGUGCUCCUGAUCAACUUCGUGUUUCUGUUCAACAUCGUCAGGAUCCUCAUGACAAAACUACGAGCAUCCACCACGUCAGAGGCGAUCCAGUACAGGAAGGCGGUGAAGGCCACCCUGGUCCUCCUGCCCCUGCUGGGCAUCACCUACAUGCUGUUCCUCGUCAACCCCGGGGAGGACGACCUGUCGCAGAUCGUGUUCGUCUAUUUCAACUCCUUCCUGCAGUCCUUCCAGGGCUUCUUUGUGUCUGUCUUCUACUGCUUCUUGAAUGGAGAGGUGCGCUCAGCCGUGAGGAAGAGGUGGCACCGGUGGUGGGACCAUCACUCCCUGCGCGUCCCCGGGGCCCGGGCCAUGUCCAUCCCCACCUCACCCACGCGGAUCAGUUUCCACAGCAUCAAGCAGACCGCCACUGUGUGAUGCCCAGUGUCACCGCCUCACCUGCCACGCCACGGUCGGGACAGCUUUUCCAUCCUCCUCCUCCGCCGCCCGCUCUGGGCUCUCCUGGCCGCGCAGCCCUGGUGCGGACAGAAGGGAGGGGAGAGCCCAGCUCUCAGCCUGUGCGGCAGCGCAGGGGCUGCCAGGGACCCGGAGCACAGCGGAAAAGUCACAGGAGUCCGGAGAAGAUCGGGGCACUGUCUUCAGGUGUUUGUGCACACCAGCCUCUCACACUACACCCUCGUGGUCGCCCCACUCGCAGAGGAGGAAGCUGAGGCCCAGAGCCAGGAAGGGCCUGCCCAAGUCCCACAUCUAGUUCGUGGUGGACCUGGGCUCUCUGCCCCACUCGUGGUGUGGGCCUUGCUGGCCGCAGCAGGAAUGGCGGUGCUCCCUGCCUGCAGCCUCUGUGCUCGGUGGCGCCCUCUGCAGUCGAGAGGAGGCACAGCAGCUAGAGUGAAAGGUUAAUUUGGAGGGUUUCAUCCCAGGACCUCAUCCCUAAAGAAACCCAUGACCCAGCCAUCCCCUCCCCCCCAGGGCUUCCUGAGGAAGAUUGAUGUCUCUCUGGGAGGCCCUCCCAGCCUAGCCCACAGAUUGGAGGGCUUGUGGAGGGCCAGGCAGGGAGGACAGCCACGCCUAGGCCAAUCAGAUACGGUGGCGGUGGCAAGGCACAAGUGACGGGCCAGGACCCGGAGACGGGUAGAAACAGCAGAAACGAAAUGCAUCUUCAGCGAUCGGAACUGUUUCCCCAGCCCCCCUGCCUGAGGCAGCCGCAGCCUCCCCCUCCAGAAACAAUGGCUGUGCUCUCUGCCAUGCAAGCCACGCCCCUGGGGAGACAGCUCCCCAGAGGGGGGCGGACCAGGCUUGCAUCAAGGCCAGAGGGCUGGGUGCAUCCCUGUUGGCGACUCCGGCCCUGGCUGGGGCUGGUUCUCUCUCCGACCUGCGCACGUGGGCAGGUCUGACCCUUGUCCUUCUCCCAGGACGGUAUCUGCCCCUCUGCCCCCACCAAAGGGCAGCUGAAUUCAGCACAGAGGCGAGGCGAGUCACCUGGCGUGCAGCUCACCUGGCACGUCAAGGCCUGUCCCAGGGGCCCAGGUCCUGGAAGCUGAAGGAACAGGUGGACAAGGCUCCAUGGUCUCCUAGAGCACCAACUACGGGGCCUCUGGCUCCACCCCCGCCACCCCGCAGGGGAGGCUGGGAGCCCCAGGCAGGAGGAGCCGCCGGGCCAGGGUUCGGAAGGGCUUUUGCUCUUGGUGUGCCUCCCCCACCCCCCAUUUUUAACAUCAGAUCUCUUGUCUUGCACAUUUUUAAGUUGACAUUUAAUAUUUUUUUACCCAGCUUUUGAAACUUGGAAGAGAUUUGAUUUUGUGCAUUUGGGAAAUAUAAACCAAAACUGCCACAACACUUGACAAACCUCACACGGGCUCCAAGCACGGCAGUGAAUGAACGCCUACGCUCACCUAUUGAGAAAGAAAACAGAACCGGCUCUUCUGGAACGGUGGAAAAUUUCA